UAAAGAGAGAGAAGGGGGACAUACCACUGUUCCGUCUGUCUGUCUGAGGAUCUCCUGAUCUCCUCCUUCUCCAUCUACCCAUCGUCAUCCAGUCCAUCCCCAUUCCUCUCCUCCUUCCCAGGCCCCUUCGCUCCAUCGCUCGUAUGAUCUGACCGGCCGAGUCCCGAGGAUUGAAUUGAAGAGAGCCACUAGCUGCAAAACCACUCAUGACUCAAGAACAUCAGUAGCGUAAUAGGAUCAGAAGCUUUUGUGGACGCCGCACCAGAAGGCGGGCAGAAGCAAUCAGCCAGGUAGCCAAAAAUCGAAGGGAACCAAUCCAUGGAAGGCGAUACCAUGUCGGGGUUUGGCGGCGCACCGGCAACGAAUGGCGUCGACACCAAGGUGCUGCAUGCCUUCCAGUCGAGCUUCGUGCAGGUGCAGGGCUUACUUGACCAGAACCGUGUCCUCAUCAACGAGAUCAACCAGAACCAUGAGUCCAAGGUGCCCGGCGACCUCUCCCGCAAUGUUGGCCUCAUCAGGGAGCUUAACAACAACAUCCGUCGUGUCGUCGACCUCUAUGCCAACCUGUCCUCGCUCUUCGCUGCCUCCUCGGGGGGUGGCGGCGGCCGUGCCAUGUCCGAGGGUGGGUCCGUCGGCACUGUCCGGCAAGCUGGCCACAAGAGGAUCAGGUCCGGCAUGGACUAACAAGAGGAACAAGCUGUAUUUAAUUACUCACUCGUCCAUCCUGCUAUAUAGUAUGAGCAAGAGCAAUGCUUCCAUCUUAUUGUUCUUCUUGUAGCCGUAGUUAAUCUUGUUGCUUCUUUGAGCUAGUAUCAGGUGUGGAAUUGAUGCAACAAUCCAAUGAUUAUCCCUCGGAAAAACAAAGCAGUCCAAGGAUGAAUCUAACAGAGAGUGAGGACUUCUCUGAAUUUACCCCUA